AUGUUUUCCCCCGGCCAGGAGGAACACUGCGCCCCCAAUAAGGAGCCGGUGAAAUACGGGGAGCUGGUGGUACUGGGGUACAAUGGUGCUUUACCUAAUGGAGACCGAGGACGGAGGAAAAGCAGGUUUGCUCUCUAUAAGCGGCCCAAGGCAAAUGGUGUCAGACCCAGCACGGUCCACGUGAUAUCCACGCCCCAGGCAUCCAAGGUAGUUUGUAUAAAAGGACAACAUUGUAUAAACUAUGUAAUUACAAGGAAUCAAAUUCAGAAAGUUGACAGAAAUAAAGACAGAGACUCUGAUAUUUUUCAAGUGGGCAGAUCAACGGAAAGCCCUAUCGACUUCGUCGUGACAGACACAAUUUCUGGAAGUCAGAACAACGAUGAAGCCCAGAUCACACAAAGCACCAUAUCCAGGUUUGCCUGCAGGAUCGUGUGUGACAGGAAUGAACCUUAUACAGCACGGAUAUUCGCAGCCGGAUUUGACUCUUCCAAAAACAUAUUUCUUGGAGAAAAGGCAGCAAAAUGGAAAAACCCCGACGGCCACAUGGAUGGGCUCACUACAAACGGUGUCCUGGUGAUGCACCCAAGAGGGGGCUUCACCGAGGAGUCCCAGCCCGGGGUCUGGCGCGAGAUCUCUGUCUGUGGGGAUGUGUACACCUUGCGAGAAACCAGGUCGGCGCAGCAGAGGGGAAAGCUGGUGGAAAGUGAGACCAACAUCCUGCAGGACGGCUCCCUCAUUGACCUGUGCGGAGCCACGCUUCUCUGGAGAACAGCAGAUGGCCUCUUUCAUACUCCGACUCAGAAACACAUAGAAGCCCUCCGGCAGGAGAUCAACGCUGCACGGCCACAGUGUCCCGUGGGGCUCAACACCUUGGCCUUCCCCAGCAUCAAUAGGAAAGAGGUGGUGGAGGAGAAGCAGCCCUGGGCUUAUCUUAGUUGUGGCCACGUGCACGGAUACCACAACUGGGGCCACCGGAGCGACACAGAGGCCAAUGAGAGGGAGUGUCCCAUGUGCAGGACUGUGGGCCCCUACGUGCCCCUCUGGCUCGGCUGCGAGGCGGGAUUUUACGUAGAUGCAGGACCGCCAACUCAUGCUUUCACCCCCUGUGGACAUGUGUGCUCAGAGAAGUCUGCAAAAUAUUGGUCUCAGAUCCCGUUGCCUCAUGGAACUCAUGCAUUUCAUGCCGCCUGCCCUUUCUGUGCGACGCAGCUGGUCGGGGAGCAAAACUGCAUCAAAUUAAUUUUCCAAGGUCCAGUCGACUGAUGCCCUUGACAGCCAUCUACGACUUUAUUAACAAGUUACUGUGAAGAUUUUGCCACUAACUCUAGAUUUUACCUUUUUGUAAUGCUGUUUAUUAAGGGGAGGGGGGACUAGGGCUGGGACAAAAGAGGGGACACAGUGAUGAAACAUGGCAGGAGUGUAACAGAUACCAGCAGUGUGUUGCAUGCUCAUAACAGCGGCAUCGUCAUUGAAGUCUGCUUGAUUAAACCGUAAUACCUUUGUAAUGAUUGGAUUUUAAAUGCCAUGCUUUUAUUUUUAACCUUGGGUUUUUAACCAGGUUUUUU